GCUCGUUGGGCUGGAGGAAGGAAAGCUCUCCGUGUUUGGUGGGCGAGGAGAGAGCGAGAAUUUUAUGGGAGCUUUUAUUGCAGGGAGAAAUCGCAGAGGAGAAAGUCCUUUCACAACCCUCGUCCACAGCCAGAUCUCAACUUUGUCCCUGGUCUUUUCACUCCUCGUCACUUGUGCUCCAGGCUGACUGCGGUUCUUCUUCGUCGUCGACAGACUACUUAUUUCCUCCAUUAUCCCCUCUUCAAGGUGAAAGUACAAAAGUAGGCGAAACAGAAGAAAAAUUAACGUGAGACGACGUCUUCUCGCAAAAUGUUUUCAAUAAUUUAAGACUUGUAUUUAAGAAUUAAGAUUGGACGUCGUAUUAGUAAAAUCGAAGAUACUAUGGCGUGAAUUUGUGAAGCAUAAGUUAAGUUUGGUCAGUUGCAACAAAUAUGAAUUUUAUAAAAUCCGCAAAACUACUAAAGUUAAACUUUAGAUUUGUUAAAAUCUCGUGCAAUUUUAUUGUGAUGAAUAAAUUUCAUGCGUGGUCGUGAAUGUGAAGGACAAUGUGUGCAGCCAUGGUUGGGAGUAGUGAACUGACGAUGGGCUCCUCUGGCCACCCCCACCACCCACUUUCCCAUCCCCACUCGGCAUUCGGUCCCCUCGGCUUGCGACCACCCCCACCACAAGCUCACGGCGGCCCACACUCGGCCCUCCACCACCCCGCACUCCUCCCCCCGAGUGGCACCAACGGCUCCAGUCUGCCUGGCGACCCUCCGCCCGACGUCCUCCUCGCCCUCCUCUCCAGAAACAGAGGCCUCGAAGCGACAAUCCCGCGUUGUGCCGGUUGCGAAGGAAUGAUUCUGGACCGUUUUAUCCUGAAGGUGGUGGAUCGCACGUGGCAUUCUCGCUGUUUGAAAUGCUCCGACUGUGACUGUUCCCUCUCUGACAAGUGCUUUCUCAAAAAUGGACAAGUCUUUUGCAAGGAGGACUUUUUCAGAAGGUUCGGAACACGAUGUGCCGGUUGUGAGCAAGGCAUUCCUCCGUCGCAAGUGGUUCGAAGGGCUCAAGACAAUGUUUACCAUCUCCAGUGCUUCGUGUGCAUAUUGUGCUCCAGACAACUCAACACGGGGGACGAGUUUUAUCUCAUGGAAGAUCGCAAACUCGUCUGCAAACCCGACUACGAAGCGGCCAAAUCGAAAGGUCAGCAGUUAUUAGUUGAGGCGAACGGAUGUCCCGACUCUGGCGGCGACACGCCCAACAAGCGACCAAGGACAACCAUCACGGCAAAGCAGUUGGAAACGUUGAAAAGUGCUUACAACGCGAGUCCAAAGCCUGCGAGACACGUCCGAGAACAACUCUCACAAGACACCGGCCUCGACAUGCGGGUCGUCCAGGUUUGGUUCCAGAAUCGGAGAGCGAAGGAGAAGAGACUUAAGAAGGAUGCGGGGAGGACGCGUUGGGGUCAAUACUUCCGCUCGUUGAAGGGCUCCCGAGGAGGGGAUGGAAAGGGCGACUUGCUGAAAGACAUGGGUGAUAAAAGUGACUCCGAAUCCGGAUUUAAUCACAGUGAUGAUUUAAGCAGCAACGACGGUUUUGUAGACAUGCCGGAAAUGAGUCGACCCCAAACACCGAGUCAACAUGGGACUUAUGUCGGCUCGGGUGGGUCCCCAUAUCCCGGAGGGCACGAGUCUGGUGGGGGCAGCAGUGGGGGCAGCUCCAUCCAUCACUUUCCACACUUUACACCCGACGGAAUUCCAGUCUACCCGCCGCUUGGUGGGAGCAGCCAAGUGGGGAACCCGGUAGUGUCCCCCUCCCCAGUGGGAGGACCACCUGGUGACAUUGGUCCCCAUCCGAACGUGCCACACCAUCCCCACUCUUACCAAGAGUACCCACCCUCGCCGGCCUCUUGGCUCAGCGACGUGGACUCGAACGCCAACAAUCCGCAAUAUUGACCCUCGACCUCUGCUUCUAGUUUGCAAAGAUCAACUGGAAUCAGAGUCUCGGUUUUACGGAAAUCACAAAGUGCAAAGUCAAAAAGAAGAAAAUGAGCCAAUCCCAUAAGCAAAUAUUGACCAAACCAAACCUAUGCCACGCCCAUCACAAGUACGCAUUCACCUCCCAGACGAUGACGACGACGACACCAUGUUAACCCCAACCUCUCCUCAACCCUCUCUUAUCGUCGUCUCUGCGUCUCGUCCAUCAAGCUGCAUAAUCAGUCGCAUAAUAAUAUAAAUACUAUUCAGAACCUUUAUUACACAAUUAUUAAGCUACAUAUAAUCAGAGCAUGACUAACUUAUACUGAUAAGUGCAUACAUAUGUAACUGUAUAUAUCUUGAUAACCAACUUGUCUAGAUUUAUUAAAUCAGAAACACCGUCGUCAUAUGAAAACUAAUUAUAUUCAUUUUCUACCACACACCCACUUUCUCCUUCCUCGACAAAAACCCCAAAUUUUCUCUCAGAGCAGCAACAGAAACAGAGCUCAUUAAUUAAACUUAAUACUUAGCUUGGGCAAAAUGUAAAUAUGGAUUCAAAAUUACUUAAAUGUGAGUCUAGUCACUAGUUCAGUCUACCAGUCAGUGUGUUUACGUGGAUAGUCAGCAGAAAAGUGGGUGAAUUAAUACUUAAAAUGUUAUUAUGUUUUACAAAUUGGUUAGUCUGUAGCGUGUCAAAUCAAAAAUAGUGCAAAAAAACAAGAGAAAGCACAGACUACAAAAGAUGUGUCCGUGUUUACAUGAAUCUAUUUACAACAAGAAAGAGCUAGUCAUUUAAUUCAUUUACAGGAAUCGUUAUUAUUCCUCGUACGGUACACCCAGCCAAGGUCCCACCCACGACACAAAACCCAACCACCCCUGAAGCCAUAAAGUGUAAAAGUGAUGAUUAUGAUGAUGAAUUAUUUAAAAGAAACCCAAAUAAAAUGUGAUGAGUUUCGUUGUGAAUUUA